AUGUAUCCAAAAAUAAGUGAUAAGAAAAUACCAAAGGAAAUACGAGACAAAAUAACUGAACCUACAAAAUUGAUACACAAGGUGAAACAUUUUUUAUGGAAAAUUUUUAAAUUAUAAUAAUUUCAGUUUUCUUCGUUCAAUCGAAAUGAGCCUUGCUCACUUGCCGCAGUUUGUGAACUAAUUGCUGGUUUUUCUGGAAGAGAUCCAAAAGAUGUUGCUAGAAUUACAACUGAGAAUGCUAAACGUAUUUAUAAACUUGAAUAA